GCAGGAUUUGCUCUCUUCGCAGCUGCUCUUGCCAAGUUAGCCCCGCCGUCUUUUUGCCCUCCCACCGUCACCGCAAUCUUUCAUUUGUUCUUGCACUGUUUUGCACCUGUUCUAUCCUGCAUUUGCCCCGCAUACCUUUGUUGUUUGAUACUGCCUUUGACCAUUUUUACCUGCUUGUAACCAUCCCGGUACUUGAAUCAUGUCCACUGUCCAAGAAUCCACCACCUCCAACACUGUUGUUGACGCCACCGGCCGCUCCGUCACCACCACCACCACCACCACCACCACCCGGACUACCGCCGAUGUCGUUCUGAGCGAGGCCGCCGUCAUCGUCAACACCCCCCACGAGGGCUGGCUCGCCCGCGUCGGUUUCCUGGGCCUGACCAACUCCCGUUACUACUACCGCCUUGGCCGCGAGGAGGGCAUCGAGAUCGAGCGCCUCUCCCAGAUCUACGAAAAGAACGUCCGAUACGACGUCAGCGAUACCGAGGCCUUCUUUGCCAAGCGAAACGAGGACCUCUUCGACGAUCUUGCCGCUGCCAGCUCUUCGCUCGAGGGCUUCCUCAUCGGCUUCAAGUCCGACUCGGACAAGGAUAGCUACUACCCCGUCGUUCUCAUCAAUCUGCGCGACAUUGUCGACGUCAGCCCCAUCAAUACCACCACCAACAACAACGCCUUUGUCAUCAAGACCGCCCGCGACACCUACACCUUCAUUGCCGAGCCCACCGUGACAUCCACUCCCUGGAUUGAGGCCCUGAAUGCCACCCGCGCUCGUCUGGCUUCUCGCUCCGAUAUCAAGGAGUCUCAGACCUACAAGGAAGCCUUCUCGCGCCUUGUCAAGCAGACGGUCCUCUUCUCCAAGACCACCGGCGAGGACGCUACCACCCUCGUUGACCAGGAGGAGACGACCGAGGCCCCCAAGCAUGCUCCCAAGAGCUCUCUUUUCGGCGGCAUCUUUGGCUCGUCCCAGUCUGCCAGGGGCGACGAGGACACUGUCAACAUCGAGAACAAGCGAUUCUCAUUUGGCUUCUUCAAGAAAGCCGAGGCCAAGACCCCCGCCGUGGUGGUCACACCCUCUGAGCGUGAGGAGCACCGCCGCAUCCAGAUCACCAAGACCAUCACCCACGGUGACAACAGCACCCAGACUAUCGUCACCAUCAUCACCCGCACGGUUCGCAUCUCGAUCGAUGGCCACGAGACCGUCUUGACUGAGACCGAGGAGUCCAAGGAUGCUACAACCGGCGAGAUCUACAUUGCCAGCAUUGGCGACCGCGAAGACGUCACUGAUAUCCAGCAGACCGUGGCUGCGCCUGAGACCAGGCUCCACCUUCGCACCGAGAAGCGCACCAAGACCAUCACCAAAACCAUCACCCACGCCGAUAAGCGCGUCCAGAAGCUCAUCACCAUCGUUGUUCGUAUUGUGCGAAUCUACUCGGAUGAGAGCGAAGAGAUUGUCUCCGAGACUGAGGAGACCAAGGACUCUAUCACCGGUGAGGUUUACAUCGCCCAGGAAGGUGAUGUUGAAGUUAUCGAGAACGAAGACACCGUCAGCGAAAACGUCUGGACCAAUAUCUAUAAGAACAUCGCCUCAGGUGCCUCGAAUGCUCUGACGACCACUGCUGAUGGCGUUGCUGUCCUUGGCGGCUCGAUUGCGAACGGAGCCUCAACUGUUGCUCAAGGAUCUGCUCAGAUUGGAAACGCUAUUAUCGAUGGUGGCAAGUCCGGAGUUCGCAGCAUCUUCGGUAUUUUCAAGGGUGCUGCCAAGGAAGAUCUCGAAGUUGUGGGAGACAAGAGCAUCGCUGACACCGAGGCUACGAAGAGAUCAUCAAAGCUCUUCGGUUUCUUCAACAGUGCCAAGGACACCGCCUCCAACGCCGCCGUCACCACUGCCGACGGCGUGAACGUUGUUGGUGAGGCUGUUGCCACUGGAGCCACCUCCGUCGCCUCGGGUGUUGCUCAAGGUACCGCUCUUGCUGGUGGUGCUGUUGUUGCUGGUGGCAAGGCCAUUUAUGGUCUGUUCCAGCGCAAGAAGGUCCUCACCAGUGGCGAGGAGGUCGUCGAGGACGCUCCCGUUGUCGAAGUUGAAGGUGACGACUACGAGUUCGAAGAGGAGGAGCAGGUCACCACCAUCCAGACCACCAUUGUCGAGACUGAUGGCACCCGCCGCAAGAUCGUCAAGCGUGUUGUCAAGGUCACUCGUUUCUUCAAGGACGGCCGUGUCGAGAUUGUCUCUGAGAACGCCGAUGCCAAGGAUGCUGUCACCAACGAAGUCUAUGUGAUCAGCACUGACUCUGUCGAGGAGAUCGAUGAGACUGUCGUCCCCGAGGUCCAGACCACCCGUCGCCGCUACGGCUUCCUCGAUACUCUCUACCACGGUGCUGCUGUGGUCGGCGAGGCUGCUGCUGCUGGCGCUGCUGGUGUUGCUGCCGGCGCUGUUGCUGUCGGUGAGACUGUUGUUGAGGGUGGCAAGGCCGGCGUCAACGCCUUCCUCGGCCUCUUCCGCCGCAAGAAGGUCCUCCCCACCGGCGAGGAAGUCUGGGAAGAAGUCCCUGCCGGCACUGCUGGUGCUGAGCCUGUUCCUGUCUCGGCUGUUCCCACCGCCUCCGGUGUUGACGCCACUCGCUCCGCCGAGACUCCCUCCAAGCGCGGCUCUCUGUUCUUCGGUUUCUUCAAGAGCGCCAAGGACACCGCCUCCAACGCCGCCGUCACCACUGCCGAUGGUGUGAACGUUGUUGGUGAGGCUGUUGCCACCGGAGCCACCUCCGUCGCCUCGGGUGUUGCUCAAGGCACCGCUCUUGCUGGUGGUGCUGUUGUUGCUGGUGGCAAGGCCAUUUAUGGUCUGUUCCAGCGCAAGAAGGUCCUCACCACUGGCGAGGAAGUCGUCGAGGAUGCUCCCGUUGUCGAAGUUGAAGGUGAUGACUACGAGUUCGAAGAGGAGGAGCAGGUCACCACCAUCCAGACCACCAUUGUCGAGACUGAUGGUACCCGCCGCAAGAUCGUCAAGCGUGUUGUCAAGGUUACUCGUUUCUUCAAGGACGGCCGUGUCGAGAUUGUCUCUGAGAACGCCGAUGCCAAGGAUGCUGUCACCAACGAAGUGUAUGUGAUCAGCACUGACUCUGUCGAGGAGAUCGAUGAGACUGUCGUCCCCGAGAUCCAGACCACCCGCCGCCGCUACGGCUUCCUCGAUACUCUCUACCACGGUGCCGCCGUUGUCGGCGAGGCUGCUGCUGCCGGGGCGGCCGGUGUUGCUGCCGGCGCUGUUGCUGUCGGUGAGACUGUUGUUGAAGGUGGCAAGGCCGGCGUCAACGCCUUCCUCGGCCUCUUCCGUCGCAAGAAGGUCCUCCCCACCGGCGAGGAAGUCUGGGAAGAAGUCCCUGCCGGCACUGCUGGUGCCGAGCCUGUUCCUGUCUCGGCUGUCCCCACCGCCUCCGGUGUUGAUGCCAGCAACCCUCGACGUUCAUCGUCGAAGUUCUUUGGCUUCUUCAAGAGCGCCAAGGACACCGCCUCCAACGCCGCCGUCACCACUGCCGACGGCGUGAACGUUGUUGGUGAGGCUGUUGCCACUGGAGCCACCUCCGUCGCCUCGGGUGUUGCUCAAGGUACCGCUCUUGCUGGUGGUGCUGUUGUUGCUGGUGGCAAGGCCAUUUAUGGUCUGUUCCAGCGCAAGAAGGUCCUCACCAGUGGCGAGGAGGUCGUCGAGGACGCUCCCGUUGUCGAAGUUGAAGGUGACGACUACGAGUUCGAAGAGGAGGAGCAGGUCACCACCAUCCAGACCACCAUUGUCGAGACUGAUGGUACCCGCCGCAAGAUCGUCAAGCGUGUUGUCAAGGUCACUCGUUUCUUCAAGGACGGCCGUGUCGAGAUUGUCUCUGAGAACGCCGAUGCCAAGGAUGCUGUCACCAACGAAGUGUAUGUGAUCAGCACUGACUCUGUCGAGGAGAUCGAUGAGACUGUCGUCCCCGAGGUCCAGACCACCCGUCGCCGCUACGGCUUCCUCGAUACUCUCUACCACGGUGCUGCUGUGGUCGGCGAGGCUGCUGCUGCUGGCGCUGCUGGUGUUGCUGCCGGCGCUGUUGCUGUCGGUGAGACUGUUGUUGAGGGUGGCAAGGCCGGCGUCAACGCCUUCCUCGGCCUCUUCCGUCGCAAGAAGGUCCUCCCCACCGGCGAGGAAGUCUGGGAAGAAGUCCCUGCCGGCACUGCUGGUGCCGAGCCUGUUCCUGUCUCGGCUGUCCCCACCGCCUCCGGUGUUGAUGCCAGCAACCCUCGACGUUCAUCGUCGAAGUUCUUUGGCUUCUUCAAGAGCGCCAAGGACACCGCCUCCAACGCCGCCGUCACCACUGCCGACGGCGUGAACGUUGUUGGUGAGGCUGUUGCCACCGGAGCCACCUCCGUCGCCUCGGGUGUUGCUCAAGGCACCGCUCUUGCUGGUGGUGCUGUUGUUGCUGGUGGCAAGGCCAUUUAUGGUCUGUUCCAGCGCAAGAAGGUCCUCACCAGUGGCGAGGAGGUCGUCGAGGACGCUCCCGUUGUCGAAGUUGAAGGUGACGACUACGAGUUCGAAGAGGAGGAGCAGGUCACCACCAUCCAGACCACCAUUGUCGAGACUGAUGGUACCCGCCGCAAGAUCGUCAAGCGUGUUGUCAAGGUUACUCGUUUCUUCAAGGACGGCCGUGUCGAGAUUGUCUCUGAGAACGCCGAUGCCAAGGAUGCUGUCACCAACGAAGUGUAUGUGAUCAGCACUGACUCUGUCGAGGAGAUCGAUGAGACUGUCGUCCCCGAGAUCCAGACCACCCGCCGCCGCUACGGCUUCCUCGAUACUCUCUACCACGGUGCCGCCGUUGUCGGCGAGGCUGCUGCUGCCGGGGCGGCCGGUGUUGCUGCCGGCGCUGUUGCUGUCGGUGAGACUGUUGUUGAAGGUGGCAAGGCCGGCGUCAACGCCUUCCUCGGCCUCUUCCGUCGCAAGAAGGUCCUCCCCACCGGCGAGGAAGUCUGGGAAGAAGUCCCUGCCGGCACUGCUGGUGCCGAGCCUGUUCCUGUCUCGGCUGUUCCCACCGCCUCCGGUGUUGAUGCCACUCGCUCCACUGAGACUCCCUCCAAGCGCGGCUCUCUGUUCUUUGGCUUCUUGCGAAAUGUCAAAGGCUCGGCUUCCAACGCCGCCGUCACCACUGCCGACGGCGUGAACGUUGUUGGUGAGGCUGUUGCCACUGGAGCCACCUCCGUCGCCUCGGGUGUUGCUCAAGGCACCGCUCUUGCUGGUGGUGCUGUUGUUGCCGGCGGCAAGGCCAUUUAUGGUCUGUUCCAGCGCAAGAAGGUCCUCACCACUGGCGAGGAAGUCGUCGAGGAUGCUCCCGUUGUCGAAGUUGAAGGUGAUGACUACGAGUUCGAAGAGGAGGAGCAGGUCACCACCAUCCAGACCACCAUUGUCGAGACUGAUGGUACCCGCCGCAAGAUCGUCAAGCGUGUUGUCAAGGUUACUCGUUUCUUCAAGGACGGCCGUGUCGAGAUUGUCUCUGAGAACGCCGAUGCCAAGGAUGCUGUCACCAACGAAGUGUAUGUGAUCAGCACUGACUCUGUCGAGGAGAUCGAUGAGACUGUCGUCCCCGAGAUCCAGACCACCCGCCGCCGCUACGGCUUCCUCGAUACUCUCUACCACGGUGCCGCCGUUGUCGGCGAGGCUGCUGCUGCCGGGGCGGCCGGUGUUGCUGCCGGCGCUGUUGCUGUCGGUGAGACUGUUGUUGAAGGUGGCAAGGCCGGCGUCAACGCCUUCCUCGGCCUCUUCCGUCGCAAGAAGGUCCUCCCCACCGGCGAGGAAGUCUGGGAAGAAGUCCCUGCCGGCACUGCUGGUGCCGAGCCUGUUCCUGUCUCGGCUGUCCCCACCGCCUCCGGUGUUGAUGCCAGCAACCCUCGACGUUCAUCGUCGAAGUUCUUUGGCUUCUUCAAGAGCGCCAAGGACACCGCCUCCAACGCCGCCGUCACCACUGCCGACGGCGUGAACGUUGUUGGUGAAGCUGUUGCCACUGGCGCCACCUCCGUCGCCUCGGGUGUUGCUCAAGGCACCGCUCUUGCUGGUGGUGCUGUUGUUGCCGGCGGCAAGGCCAUUUAUGGUCUGUUCCAGCGCAAGAAGGUCCUCACCACUGGCGAGGAAGUCGUCGAGGACGCUCCCGUUGUCGAAGUUGAAGGUGAUGACUACGAGUUCGAAGAGGAGGAGCAGGUCACCACCAUCCAGACCACCAUUGUCGAGACUGAUGGUACCCGCCGCAAGAUCGUCAAGCGUGUUGUCAAGGUUACUCGUUUCUUCAAGGACGGCCGUGUCGAGAUUGUCUCUGAGAACGCCGAUGCCAAGGACGCUGCCACCAACGAAGUGUAUGUGAUCAGCACUGACUCUGUCGAGGAGAUCGAUGAGACUGUCGUCCCCGAGAUCCAGACCACCCGCCGCCGCUACGGCUUCCUCGAUACUCUCUACCACGGUGCCGCCGUUGUCGGCGAGGCUGCUGCUGCCGGGGCGGCCGGUGUUGCUGCCGGCGCUGUUGCUGUCGGUGAGACUGUUGUUGAAGGUGGCAAGGCCGGCGUCAACGCCGUUCUCAGCCUCUUCCGUCGUUCCGGACACCCCACCGAACUGGCUGACUCUGAGCGCGCCUAUGUUGAGGUCGGCGAUGACUCUCAGGAGUAUGAAUUCGAGCAGGAGGAGCGUGUUACGACAAGCACUGUCCGUGUUACCCGCAAGAACGGCCAGCGAAUCCUCAUCACCAAGGUUGUUGUUCAGAUCUUCCGCCACUACCCCGACGGACACCAAGAACUGGUGUCGAAUGUUACCCAAGCCGUCGAUGCCAUCAGUGGAGCUACCUUUGACAUUGUCGAUGACGACAAGGAAGAGCUGUUUGGCGAUGUUGCGCCUGCAGUCAAGAGCACCAAGCGAAAGUUCGGAUUUGUUGAUGGCAAGCCAUCUGGUGCAGUUGUUAGAACCGAAAUCAACGUUGCUCAGCCUAUUGUUGACAAUGCUGCCACCACCACGACUACUACCACCACUACCACUACCACCACCACCACUACAACUGCCGGCGUUACGGACGGAACUGUUGUCGAGACCGAUGUCCAAACUGCUGUCCAGACCGAUGUCCAGACUCGCGAGAUCCCUUCCUCGGUUGUCCAGGAAAGCAGCACCCAGGUCGUCGAGACCACCGAAACCGCCGUGUCAGUCGAGCCCUCUCUGACUGCUGCCGUUGUCGAAAGCCAAACCUCUUCCGAAGUCGUCGACUCCACUGUUGUCGAGGAAUCUCAGGUCACUGUUGCUGAGGAGGUUCAGACUGAAGCUGUGGCACAGCCCGCGCGCGGUGAAGAGUACAUCACUGUCACCAAGCCCCAAACUUACGAGAUCGAGGAGUGUGAAUAUGUUACUUACAACACCACUAUCCAACACAAUGCCGACGGCACCGUUACCUCUACCGUCGAAACCACCUCCCGCGUCGUCCGCAUCUACCCCGACGGUCGCGAGGAGGAGGUUUCCCGAGACAUCACUUCCAAGACCUAUCCCUACGCCGUUGUUGUUUCUCAAGAGGGCGAGGUCAGCGAGAAGAUCUAACCGCCCUCAUAACUCGCUGAUGUUGCCACUCUAUCCUUUAUUCUCCUCAUUUACGACGUUCGAAAUUGAACCGGGGACACCCUUGCUUCUGAGGCCGAUGGCCAUCCUUUCUGGAUCCUGAAUACACAUACUUCAUUUCCUAA